AUGAGCAAUCUGCCACAACCUGUGAUUUCCAUGAUUGAUGGUCCUGCUCGUGGCAUAGGAAACGAGUUCCUUGCAGCAUGUGACAUGAUAUUCGCUUCCAAGAAUGCUCGCUUCAGCAAUUUUAAAGCAACACUCGGCCUUCAUCCUGGCGCAGGGGGCGUUGCAUGGAUGCCGUUGCAUAUUGGACGAGCUAGCGCUAUGGAAUUCGUUUUUUCUGGAAAUGAUAUUGAUCCAAAGACGGCCGAAGAAUAUGGCUAUGUCAACAAGGCAUUUGAUACACCAGAAGGAUUGUACGAUUACGUUGAGAAGUUGGCAGAAAGGAUCGCCCUGUUCCCUCUAGGUGGUCUAUCCAGCAUCAAAAGGACAGUAACUGAUACUAUUCAGCCUAGGCCAGAACAAAUAGCGAUUGAGGGAGCCGAGUGGGACAGGCUAGUGGCCUAA